UGACUUGAAUUUCUGACACAAAAUCCAGAGCCCGAGAGACAAAGUGAUUGCUUUGGGGCGGACUCAAUCGACGCGUUUUUCGGCUAAUUUAGGCGUCAAAAGUGUAAUUUCUUGUGCAUUUCGUGAAGAUCAAGGGACGGGCUAUCCAGUGAUACCUUACAAGUGCGGAUUUGAAACAGUCUCAAUUUCACGGUCGUCCCUUUCACUAGCGCUAAACUGUAAGGGGAGCCCCCGUCUAACCAACACAUGUCACGCGAGGGAACGGGCCUGUCCCGCACCGGAUCUGGGAGUGGACCACGCGAUUACGGUGCCACGAGUAGCAGCAGCGUCGGCAUGGCCGAUUCCAGCAACAACUUUGGCGGGUUUAGCCCGACCGAGUUCAUCUCGCUGAGCGAAUCGAUCGCCGCGAACACGAUCUUCGUGAAGCAGAGCUGGCAGUUUCUGGAGAAGGCCAAUCGGACCAUUGGGACCGCCAAGGACAACCAGACGCUGCGGGAUAAGGUGCAUGACCUGCAAGCUGGCACGAAUCAGAGGGUCGCGACCACCAGCAAAGACUUGCAACGGUUAACGGUGGUCGUCCGGAGGGGCGACAAGCAGCAGAAGUUGCAGGUCGAGAAGCUCACGUCGGACUUUACCCACGUGGUGCAGAUGUACUCGAAGAGUCAACAGGUCAUCGCGGCGAAGAUGAAGCAAGUCUUCUUGGUGAGUGCCUCCCAGCAGGACGACAUCAACCGGGACUCGUUCAGCGAGGGCAACCAGCAGGACCAGCUGCUCCAACGCCAGCAGCAAGCCGCCGCCCAAAGUCUCCAGUUUGAGCAGGACAUGCUGCUCGAACGGGAGCAACGCUUUCGCCAGAUCGAGGCCGACGUGCUGGACGUGAACCAGAUCAUGAAGGAGCUCAGCAGUAUCACCAACCAGCAGGCCGAGGUCAUCGACACCAUCGAGAACACGAUCGAGCACACCGUGUCGAACGUGGAGUCGGGCGCGACGGAGCUGGCCAAGGCCGCCGAGUACCAGAACCGGUACCGCCGCAAGGUCCUCAUCCUGCUCAUCAUCGCCAUCGUGCUGGGCGUGAUAGUCACCGGCAUUAUCGUGUCCAAGCUGAAGAGUUAAGCAGGGAUUUCAUCAACUCUUUACUUUCUUCUGUUAUUAUCUGUAAUUUAUCCUAAACAAUAUUUUUAUAUCCUUUAAUGUGUUGUAGAACCUACCUGUAAAAAAAUAAGCUAAAUAAAUUAUUCGUACGGAAAAUAAAAUUGGUGCGAAUCUAAGCAGAAAAACAUCAAACAAUAAUCAAACGAAAUACUAAACCCACAAAAGGAAUGUAUUAUAGCCGAACACAAUAUUAUACAAAACUGACAAAACUGCAAAAACAGCAGCAAAAAAGUGGCACGCCGUUUGGGUUUACGCUUAUAGAACCAUCUCGAACAAAACUGUAAAAUCUUUGGAGCUAGGCUAGGCUAUGCAAAAAAAAAAUGUAAUAGAUAAUAUUUCGCAGUUUUUUCGCUUUCUUGUUUUCGAACAAGUAGAUAAAAGCAGCCGUUUACAAAUAUAAAAGAUAAAAAAUAAAAGACAAACGAACUGAAUUGAUAGAAAUUCACACGAAUCAAGAAGCAAGCGAAAGGGACUAUUAAAAAAGCAUAAUCAUUUUCGACGUGGUUUAAACAUAACUAGUUUCGUAGUGAAUAUGUUAUUGCAACCCAAAACAGUAAGUGGUAAUAAAAUUACAAAAAUCUCAAUAAAAAAA